UUCUAGAAAUCAGCCUGCGCCAUUUUGAUGCGGAUCCUGCUCACAAAAUGGUGGUAGUCGACUGAUUAACCCUUAUGGAACCAGGGAGCCACCGGGGUCCAGAUCAGGAGCAGACGCUCCAGCUGUGAUUCUACCACUAACACACCAACAUGGAAGUAUGGAAUCACACAAGGGACGCACGUACACUCCGAUGAGGACUUCACCGUGGAGCGCGGAGUCUAUUAUACACACACCGCAGAGGCAGAACACCAGGGAGGUAGGACCGACUGCAGCUGCAAGGCGCACCAGUGGAGAACCGGAAGCAGUCGAGGAUGAUUCGCGCCAUAGAGCGAAGGGGGGAGGGCUCUCCUCUACUCCCCGCAACCUUGUUAUUGGUCCUGCUUAGAACCACACACGAAUUUGCGGCACAUUGUUCGAGAAAUCCGCGAAGGGAAAAGGAAAGAAAAUGGAGGAACAUCAUGUUCUACCAGAGAUACUGGAGCCAAGGGCGUGUUUGUAGUCUUGGGUCUCGCCAAAAACGAUGCCCGUUUGACUUGACGGCCCCCUUUCCUCCUCGCUUGUCUCCCCGCGACAUUAUUGAUAAACUUGAACCAAUUCUCAAGGAAGAGGUCAGCCUUUUGUUGGAAAGGAUAACAGGACGUAAAAAAGACAACAACUCCGAGACGUAAGACAACAACGGACUCGAGGACGAGACGCAGCACUGGACCGAGGACCGGAAUUGAGUGUUCCAGAUUUGGAAACCCACAAGCAUUUGGGUACAUCAGUAUAGAGAAUGGUUCUCAUGGUGGAGAUCAGCUACCUGGUGGCAUAGAUACUGGCUCUUUUGGGUUCUCUAAAUUGAGGUUUUCCUUCAUUUUCAGAGUUCCUUUCAGAUGUGACUACUUUCCUGAAAAGCCUCUAAUCACCCUACACUAAAAAAAGGGAGAAUACACAAAUCCCAGAAUCAUAGAGGAUAAUGGCUCAUGAGUGGGAUUCGUAUCUUCAAAAUAUCACACCGCUGUCAUCAGAACCCAAGGCUUUGAGGACAUCAGAGCCAGGAGGAAGUCUUGCCCAGCAUAUAGAAACCUUUGUGGGACAGCAUGAGUUCUCCAACUCCGCAGGUUCACAUGGUGGCCAUGCAACUGACUCAACAUUUGAUACAAACUUUUACUCAACUUCUAGUGUCGGAAACACCACUUCUGAUUGUACUUAUGAAAGCUUCUAUAGAGAAUCUUCUUGGAAAGCUAAUGAAGAACUGCUAAAGGAUACCCCAUUGAGAUGUGAAGCUACUGAUGUUGGAGACGUAGCCACAAAUGGAUUAUCGUCAUCUGGACCUUUGCCUUCAUCUUAUUCAAUGGAGUUACAAGGACUUAAGCAAAACUGUGAGUUUUUAGCUUCAUCGCUUCUUGAAGACUAUUCAGAUGUUAGUAGUUGUUCGGACACAGAUGUAAAUGAAACCAGGCCGCCUUGUAAAUUUAUGACUACCCCAACUCAGCAUUCUAAAAUAGAUUCUUCGACAAAACAAAUUCCAUCCGAAUGGCUUUUCUCCAACCCUGAAAAUGUGACAUUUUCAAAUGAGAUGAAUGCAAUUUCUCCUGGUUCACUACCAUUGAUAGAUGACGGAAAUCUAGCUGAAUGUCUACAAGAGGCAAACACAGGUUCAGAAAAAAAUGGGAGUUUUAACACUGAACACCGUCAAUCCUACUCAGAUAUUCCUAAAACGGAGAGUGGUAGCAUUGAGGAUUCUAAUUGUGAGGGAGUUCCAGUUCAAAAAGAAAUGAGAAAUGUUGAACAUAGUUUAAUGGGAGAAUACUAUUCAGACAUAUCAAUGAGUGACAAUGAAAACCUUACUGGCACAGAGGAUGACCCUGAUCAUAUGAAGGAUCAUGAAACUGCAACACCUGUAUGUACAAAAUCAUCAUUUGCAAUGAUGGAAGCUGAAAACGAUGAACUGGAAAGAGGACAAGAGGAAAUGAAUCAAUCACGCUCAGUUGAACAAAAAGUCGAUGAUAACCCUGAUGCCAAUGGACAGCAAAAAAUAAACAUGACAAAUCUUGAGGACACUUGCAGAGCUGUCAACCAAAGGGAAGAAUUGGGUGAAAAAACGUUCAACGUACCAAAGCAAACAAAUAUCGACAUCUGCAGUCAAGAUGAAAGCAUGGGAACAGACAACCUGCUGUCAAAAAUGAAACUCGAAUGUCAUGAAAAUGAAAUGGAGGAGGACAACCCUCAAAUCUCUGAGUCCAAUUGUAAAAAUGCCAAUUGUGAACUAGCGGAAUGCUCAGAUAUGGUGGAAACCAACAGGCAGGAUACUGGUUCCUCUUCACAGUUAUUAAAAGAUCAGCCUUCUCAAACUGUGGUUCUGGAUAAUACCUGUAGUUCUAACCCAAUGAGUGAUGGUCAUUUGGCUGAUACCAGUGACACGAAAAGUUUGUGUCUCGAUUCAGACUUCUCUGAAAAUUCAAAAACUCCAACAACAGACAGUAAUUUGGUCAGUGAAGAUCUUGAAAGUCAAAAGUCAGAUAAUGAAAACGCCUCAAACUGGCCACAGCGGCCCUGCUCAAGUGCAGACACAAAAAUUUGUGACAAAGAGGAAAUUAUGGAUUUCCAAGAAGGAAAGCAGACAUCCUCUCAAGAUGCAGACUGUCGUAGUUUAACUAUUGAUACUUCUAUCUUGGAUGUGCAUGCUGAGAACAAACACAGCAUUUCAAAACAGACCAAUUUCAGUCAUGAAUGUUGUUCCAACAAGGAUAAAGAUUCUAUUGGGAACUCUUCUCCAUGUCCUGAGAAAUCACAUUCGGAACAAGAGCAAACCCAGUGCUCUGAUGAAAAUGUAAAGCUGUUUUCUGAAGUGAUGGACACUUCGGAGACAGAAAAGUCCAUGCUCAUCGACCAAUCCGGAGAACCUAACACUGAAAUACAAUCAGCUGACUCUGAAGAAGACAAAUGCAUUGUCCAGUCAAACAGCAAUAUAAACAAUCAAUCAGAAGAGCAAUGUUGUGCCGUUAAAUCCUCAAUACAAAUGAGGAAACGCCUACAGCCUGUUGUGAUUAUUAAAAAAAUGGAGCCUGCAUUAAGUAAUUUAUACCAGUGUGCAGUUUGCCAGCAGGUAACACCCAGUGCUGAUCAGCUAAUUGAACACUACCACUGUGAGCAUUCAGACCAGAUGUUUCAAUUUUUCGAGGCAUCUAAUCAAUAUCUAAUAAGUAAUGGACUUUCCGAUAAGCAUGUAAGCAACAAACCCCAUGAACCACAACUUGCUUCUACUCACCAAAAAAGAAAACCUCAUCAUUGCAGCAUUUGCAAUGUGAACAUUUCAAAAAUAUUUGAAUAUGUGAAACACAUGCGUUCUCAUACUGGUAAAACACCUUAUCAGUGUGAUCAGUGUAACGUCUAUUUCGCACAGAGCGGUUGCUUAAAAAGACACAAGGCCAUAGCUGGUAGGUGCAGGGCUAAAGGACAAGAAAAACCAGAUGUUUCAUCACACCAUGAAAGUACACCAUCAACACCAGAAAAAGCUGCGGUGGACAGGACACUGCUCGAAAAUCUGCCUCAAUGUUCCGUAAAUUUGUUCGACAUCUGCACAACUAAUAUCUGUGUCUAUUGUGGCAACCAAUACGCAACUCCAAGGCGAGUCAAGAAACAUAUUUACAACAUACACAAAGGGCAGCCUCCAGGUAUUUGGCAAGACAAAAUCACUAUGAGACUAGCUAAAAGAAGAAAAGCGACAGCGUCGAACAUACUUGUUGUGAAAACUAAAAAUAUUGAAAACGAGACAAGACAUAAAUAUAAAUGUCCUCUUUGUCCACGACUUUUCAUGUACUACUACAACAGAGCUAGACAUUUACGUGAUUGUGUAAGACUGGCUUGUAGUAAUAUGAAAAAGUUUGGUGAUAGAUACAGGUGUCCACUGUGCCGUGCUUUAUUUACUCAGUCAGCAAAUAGGUACAGACAUAUUAAGGAUACCUGCCUCAAAAGAACCAUUAAGCAAUUAUCAAAAGAAAGGGUAAAAUCAGACGAAAUGGUCAGACUCAAUACCAAGAAAGAGGGACAUAAAAAAGUGGCACUGCAAAACAAGCAGAAGGAAUCCGAAUUAGCGGUCCGUAAAAGUCAACAGUCCUACAACUGUGACGUCUGCCCAGCAGUUUUCCAGCAAGUAUCUGGUCUCUACAAACAUGUAAAGGAACAUGAAUCUAAAAUCACAGCCAAAUUGAUCAACUACAAGACUCCAGUUUUGUCCAGCAAGUCAAAGAUAACAUCUUUAAUGAUGAAAAAGACUGAUGAGACUCAGCAGAAGGCCCUCAGCUGUCGGUUUUGUGAUAAACAUUACGACACGGAAUUGUCAUUAAAGAUGCAUGAAAGGUGUCACAAAGGUGAAAGGCCAUACCGCUGUCUUGACUGCGGAAGAGGGUUCAAGAAAAGAGUCAACCUCAUGAGCCACAAAGUUGUCCAUCAGAGUUUACCGUGCACAAUUUGCAAAAAGAUUCUUCCAAAUGCCAGAAGUCUUGUACAACACAUCAAAUUGCAUCAUAAGGGGAAAAAGGUCCCAUGCCCUAACUGCGAAAAGAAAUUCUUGAAUGCUAUAGAACUACUGAGUCAUAUGAAACUACACAAAAGGGAAGGAAAGGCACCUGUGUUAAACGAGAGAACACUGAAGACCUCUUCACAAGAGCGAAGUAAACCAGCGACUGUAACAUGUUCCCUUUGCAAAGAGGUAUUUGAUAAUACCCACUUGCUAAGAAAACACAGUCUUGCACACAUAUCUUCAAGUCAGUGUCCAUAUUGCGAUCAGACUUUCAAAGCCCGUCGGUAUUUGCUAUCUCACAUGUUCAAACAUACAGGAGGAAGACCUUAUUCCUGUGCUAAAUGCGGAAAACGUUUCCGACUCAAAGCAAGUCGGAAAAUUCACGAGGAAAGGUGUAUGCCAGUGCAAAUUCAAGAGGAAAGGUGUAUUCCAGCGCAAAUUCAAGAGGAAAGGUGUAUUCCAGCGCAAAUUCAAGUGUGUUCUGACCCAGAAAAGUAUCAAUGUUCACUUUGUUCCCGAAUGUUUGCACAGAAAUCACACCUGGCGGUCCAUAAUAAAGGCCACAGGUUAAAUACUUUGCGUCUCUGCGUCAAGUGCGGGAUGUACUUCGGCUUGAGUAAAUUAUAUAUUCAUAAGAGGAAGUGUGGAGGGCGUUCAAAACACAGAAGUACCUCAUCUUCAAAUGGCGAGGCCUGUCAAACCAUUCAAGCGAAAAGCCAAACUAAAAGUCCUUCCCACUCCAGCUUAUCAAGGCUGCUUCCAUUCAAGUGUCCGAACUGUCCAAGAAGAUUCAGAUACAUAUCAAUGAUGUUAAAACACAGCGUUUCACAUACUGGCAUACAACCAUAUCCAUGCAAACAUUGCGGUGAACGAUUUUCAUCCAAUUCAAUGAAAUUGCUGCAUGAGGAGCGCUGCCAUGAUGUUUCCAAGGAAGAGGAAUCAAACGAGUCUUCAACUGCAUUGACAGAUAUGCCGACUUACAUGGAGGAAGCGCAGAUAUCCCUGGAAAAAUCCAAUGAUGAAUACAAAUGUAAAUUCUGCACAAAGACAUUUGUGAAAGCUCGAAGCCUGCGACGUCAUAUUUUGACACAUAAUGAAGUGAAUCCUUAUCGCUGCAAAAUCUGUGGCAGCUGCUUUUCAAGGUACGAUUAUCUUAAAGUGCAUCAAGGUCAUUGUAAAGGGAAACGAAAGCAGUUGAAAAUAUGCAUUCCCAAAAUCAGUUUGGAUGAUGUUGGUAAGGGCUGGAAAAACAAACUUGACGGUCAACCUAUGAAACUGCAAGGAAGAGUUGAGUGUAAAGUUUGUUUCAGGAGCUUCCCAAAUCAGUCUUCACUUUCCCGCCAUUUCACACUUUUACAUGGUGUUAAAAGUUUUAAGUGCCCAAAUUGUGAUGCUGCGUUUACUCAUGAAAGAACUCUGACAUACCACUUGAAGAUUCGAAAGUGCAGAAAAACAUCCCAAAAAUCCAAUUCUUCUACAUCACAAAAUGUUAGCGAGACACACAAUGAGGAAGAAGUUAGACCCGAGAUCCAGCAUUCCUCUAACAUAAGGCGCAAAUAUUCUUGCAGUUAUUGCUUCCGUGUGUUUGCACAAAGUUCGAAGUUACAGUAUCACAUCCGACUGCACACGGGAGAAAAACCAUUCGUAUGCGAUUGUGGCCUGCGAUUUAUCAGGAAGGACUACUUGCACCGUCAUAAACGAAAGUGCCACGUCAGACUUUGUAAAGCAUGUAAUGUAGCGUUCCCCCAACAUGAACUUAAGGAUCAUCAAAAAGCUUGCCCUUUAAUGUUGCCCCAGUCAACGAAGCGGGAGGAAUCCCCUCAAAGCCCUACAAAAGGUUUUUCUUGCGCAUACUGUUCUCUGCGUUUUUCUUUAUUUUCGCAGCUUCAGGAACAUUUUUUGAAUGCACACAAAAUGGAAACGAUUGACCCACCAGUGUCGACCGCUCCUCUCCAACAUCAUCUCUCCAAACUGCCAACUGUCAAAAUUGAUAGGCUUGACAAACAGCCAAGCGAAGGUUCUAAUUUAACAUGCAAACUCGACACCGAACUUGUGGGUGAUGUUUCCGAAUCAUUCAUUUGCCCAGUUUGCGAUUUGUCCUUUGAAAAUAAAGCUGGACUAAAGGGUCAUUCUCGUGUGCAUUCAAAAGAGACCCCUUACAAGUGCAAAACAUGCGAGAAAGGCUUCUGGAAUAAAAAUCUUUUUCGCAACCACAACAGGAAAUGCAGAAAUGGAUAUUAUAAGGCAAAGAAUACAGCAAAAAUCCCUGUAAACACGCACCUUAAUCUGACACUGCCCAACUCUGUUCUCGUGUUCAGAGAUGAGUCUGAGAUGGACACUGGAGUUUUGCAAAAAACCUUCUCCUGCAAAGAGGAUUUGAAGACAUCUCCACAAAACCCAGUCAAUGAUCAGAUGCCAAGCAGUAUAAACAAAGAAAAAGUAACACAGUACCAAUGUUCCGAGUGUGAUUUGAGCUUCACUGAUGGCUUGAUGCUCAUCAGUCAUCUGGAAGAGCAUGGAAGAGAGGAGCAAGCCAUUCAACGCUCUACCUGUACAAAGUGCAGGCGUGUUUUUGCCAGUUAUGCAGAAAUGGAAAAGCACAUGAAGUCUCAUGGUUUAAGUAAGAAGUUCUCUUGCUCGGUAUGUCCCAAAGCAUUUUACGAGGCAUCCGAAUUGGAAACGCACAAAUCGUACCAUGACUCAAACAGACCAUUUGCUUGUGAUCUAUGUGGUCACAGAUUUUGGUCUAGGCGAUCUCUUGGCAACCAUUACAGUAAAGACCAUCCUGAAACUGCGUAUUCCUGUCGUUUCUGUGAAAAGACCUACGCCUCCAAGAAUUCUCUCAAAAGACAUUGCAAAGCAUCGCAUCCGAAAGAGCUAAAGAACUCUGAGAGCCAACUUGAGCUUGAGCAGAAAAGCAUCGUGGCAAGCGAAAGUGAUCACGAUGAAUCUAGUAGUAGUGACGACAGUGACUCUGCCCCUUACUUCCCGUGCCAUGUAUGUGGAAAGACAUUCCCAACAUCAGAAAAUCUAGAAGAUCAUCAAAAAUGUCAUCUCGGGGUCAAACCUCACGAAUGCGCAGAAUGCGGCAAAUGUUUUUUCCAGGCCGCCCAGUUGGAACAGCACAAACGGAUGCACAUGUCAGAGUUACAGUGUCAGGUCUGCGGAAGGGGGUUCGUGUCCCUCUUUGCUUUGCGGAAACACAAACACACCCAUGGCAAGAGUCGUCCAUACCGUUGCUCCAAAUGUCAGCUCAGUUUUUCUGGAGCCUCCCAGUUAGCAGAACACAUGUCCAACCACCGGGAAGACAACUUUCCAUGCGAUAUAUGCAGUCAGGUUUUCCCUUCCAAGAUUAGCAGAGCUGAACAUAGAAAAGAACACACCAUGUCAGUUGAGCACCACUCACCUUUGCCUGAAAAGUCUUCUCUUCUCUCUGAAAGUAGCACAAAAACAAACCUGCUCUAUAAAUGUGGUUUAUGUAUUGAAAGCUUCAAAGACGCGACAGACUUCUCCGAGCACGGUUGUCAGGCCUCCAGCGAUAGGCCUUAUUCCUGUCCUGAUUGCGAUAGACAUUUUCUGCACUCAUCCCAUCUACAAAAGCACAGUGUCAGCCAUCACAAAUUGAAGACUGAGAUUGACUAUUCCUGUAACUGUUGUGAUACUACUUGUCCCACCCUUGAGCUUUUCAUCAACCAUCUGAAGACCCAUGAAAAUGAGCUUCCGGGACCAAUAAAUCAUGCCGAAGGCUACAAAUGUCCCAUUUGCGGAUGUAGUUUUGUAAAGGCCACCGAACUGAUUUCCCAUUUUUCUGUUCAUUCUAGAAAUACACUAAAUUGCAAAGUGUGCAAAAAGACAUUUUCUACCAAAAAUGAACUGGAAGAACAUGAACAGAGUCAUCAUUCAUCAGUCUCGAAAUUGGAACACGGCACUUUCCACCAGCACGCCAGUUCAGAUCAAUCCGAAUCGCAAAGAACGCUUGUAAAUGCGGGAAAAGAGACUGCAGAAACAAAGCAGAAGGAUGCUGGUGAGGAUGAAGAAGUUGAUGUCACUGGAGAAGACUUGCACAACUGCAACAUUUGCUCAACGCGGUUCCCUUCAAAAAGCGUUCUCUUGGAGCAUCAAAACAAAGUGCACUUAAAUCAGAUAUUCAAAUGCAAGUACUGCACCAAAUCCUUUGCUUACAAGCAUACCCUUCAAAAACAUGAGGAAAUGAUGCAUACCAAAAAGGCUCAGCCAACACCACCGCAAACCAAUCUGCAAUGCCCCCAGUGUUUCUGUAACUUCAGCAAACUCCUAGAUCUUUCGACACACAUGAGAAUGCACGCUGAACAACAAGUCGGAAAGUACCGCUGUGAGAUGUGCUAUAAGUCAUUUGCAUCCUCUGAUCAACUUCAGCGCCAUCAAGAAAGCCACGUUGGCCAAAUUGUGUAUGAAUGCACAGAAUGCGACAAGGCCUUUGCGUUUCCUCACCUACUCGAGGUGCAUCAGAAGACGCAUGUUUAGCGAGCCCCCCAAAAAAUAAACAACAUCUCCACAAUGAUUCCAAUGAUUUUCUCAUAUUGGAUUGCACCGCCAAAAACAUUGCAUUUGUGUCAGUUGCGACUGACCUUGUAAAUAUAGAUUCUAGUUUUGGACUUUGUAACAGAUACAAAAACCAAAUGUUCUUGAUGCCUUUUGUUCAUAGUUUGUACAUUGAUUGCUUUAUUUUGAACUGUAAAAUUGUACAUAACUACCAGAAACUGUUGUGUAAAGAAUUACCCGGGUACAAGGAUUCAGUAUUUCUAUGUUUCAUUUUCAAGAUUUUGGAAGUUGUUUAUAAUCUCUUGUGUACUAUGACCUCAUCUUAUGGCUCGUCUUUUUAGUUUUUCCCCACCCUUGUCGAUACUUCUGAGAUUAGUUUGUUCUAAAAUGGAGAAAAACUUUAAACAUGUUUGGCAAAUAGUUUGUCUGUUCAAAAUGCAGGAAAACCUUAAUUACGUUUGACAAAUUUCAUAACUAUUUGUAAAUCUGAUCUGAAUAUGUUCGUCUAUUGAUUUAAUUGGAAAAAUUGAAGUUUUUUUUGUUUUUUUAAGAAGAAAAAUAAAUGUGGGUUUGUCAUUAAAAUGUGUUGCUUUAUUUGACCAAAUAAUUAACAAGUUAUUAAUUGUAGUCAACCUGACUGGGCAUACCAGGAUAUGGUGCUAAAUCAAGGCCAAAAGUC